AUGGUACUUCUCAAUGGGGAAUUAGCGCUGGCGCCUAUUCAAUCUCCCAAAAGAGUCUUAGAUGUUGCUACUGGAACCGGCAUCUGGGCUUUGGAAUUCGCACAGCAGCACCCCGAGAGUGAGGUGAUAGGAAGCGACUUGACGCAAAUUCAGCCGACAUCCGAGCUUCCCAAUCUCAGCUUUGUUCAAGAAGACUCAGAGGAGCAGUGGAUACACGAUCGCCCCUUUGAUUACAUUCACUUCCGUUAUGUCUACACAUGCUUCGACAGUCCCCAGACUGUCAUCAAACUCGCCUGGGAGAACCUAGCACCUGGUGGGUUCAUUGAGUUUCAAGAUGCCACAAUGGAACUGCACUCCAACAAAGGUCCUGCCCACAUUGAGAAUAAUCCUCUGAAAAGACUGUUUGACCUAGCAAUCCAGGGAGCAGCUGCACAGGGCAGAAAUAUUGUCGUCUCCAGGUUCUACAAGCAGUGGUUGUUGGAAGCUGGAUUUGUCGAUGUUGUCGAGAUCAAACUCGCAGUUCCCAUCAAUGAGUGGCAUCCAAGUAUGAGACUCAAACGAGUCGGUCAGUAUUCAAGCCGCAUGCUGAUUGACAACCUUGGGGGAGUCGCCUGGAAAAUGCUUUCGGUGUACGGGCUAUCUGACGAGGAAAUCAACGAGACGGUUGUGCAGGCUAAACCCGAGCUUCGCAAUUUGGAUCUCGAGGCUUUCUUCCCCUUCUGGGUUGUCUAUGGACGGAAGCCCGAAUGA